AGGAGUCUGUUUUUUUCUGAGUGACUUGCCAGCUUUCCCUGGCUAAGCCAUCCUCACAGUGACUCUGAAAGCAACCGGAGAGGCAGCUGAGGGAUCCUGGCUGAUCCGGAGUCCAGCCUCUUGCUCCCUGCAGCUACACCAUGAGAAUCCUGUUUGGUGACAUCCUGCUGCUCAGCCUGCUCUCCAGUGCGUUCAGCAGCUGUCCUAGGGACUGCCUCAGCUGCCAGGAGAAGCUCCACCCAGGCCCAGACAGCUUCAACUUGAAGGUGUGCAUCCUCCAGUGUGAAGAGAAGGUCUUCCCCCGCCCUCUCUGGACUGCGUGCACCAAAGUCAUGGCCAGUGGCUCUGGACAGCUCAACCCUGCUGACCCAGAGCUCGUGUCAGCUGCUCUUUACCAGCCAAAAGCCUCGGAGAUGCAGCAUCUGAAGCGAAUGCCGCGUGUCAGGAGCGUGGCGCAAGCGCGAGAUACGGCGCCUGGCGCAGAUGACGCUGAAGAGGUGGAGCAAAAGCAGCUGCAGAAGAGGUUUGGGGGCUUCACUGGGGCCCGGAAGUCGGCCCGGAAGUUGGCCAACCAGAAGCGCUUCAGUGAAUUUAUGAGACAGUACCUGGUUCUGAGCAUGCAGUCAAGCCAGCGCCGGCGCACUCUCCACCAGAAUGGUAAUGUGUAGCCAGAAGAAGCCCCUCCCAGCUGCACCGGCCACUGCAACCCAUGAGCAUCCAGGUGAUACCCCGAACAGCAUGUGUCCACACCCAGACCUGCCGGCCUAGAGUCAGGAUUCCUUCUUCCCUGAGGCACUGAGCACCCACAACA